CGGGCUGGAUUUCCGCGUUCUGUACUGCUACUGCCCCCAUGUGACAUCCUCCCUCCUCCUCCCUCCCUCCUCCUGCCUCCUCCUCACACCACCACCUCUCCCUCCCCUCCUCUCCUCUCCCUCCUCUCCCAAAAAAGGCACCGCACCAAUACGGGAGGGACGGGAGGAAUUGGGAACCGCGCGCGCCCCUAUAGCGGAUCGGCGCGGCGGUGGUGGUAGGGGAGGGGGAUGUCCACGCGGUCCAAGUCGGCGACGGGGUCCGUGGGCGGCGGCAGCGGCGGCGGCAGCACGGCCGGGGCCGGGGGCUCCACCGUGCCACUCGCCGUGCUGCUUCGGCGGGAGGUGGUCAGCGAGAGGACCGCCGCCGAGCGCCCGGAGCUCCAGCACGGCCUCUUCAGCCAGGCCAAGAAGGGCGAGGACUUCACCUUCCUCAAGCCCGAAUGCGAGCGCCACCCCGGCGUCCCGUCCUCCUCCUUCUCUGCGUUCGGCUUGUUUGAUGGGCACAAUGGGAGUGGAGCCGCUAUUUAUACUAAGGAGAAUCUCUUGAACAACAUCUUGAGUGCGCUCCCUGCUGAUCUCAACAGGGAGGACUGGCUUGCUGCACUUCCAAGGGCCAUGGUUGCAGCAUUUGUCAAAACUGAUAAAGAUUUCCAAACAAAAGCACGAUCUUCAGGAACUACUGUGACAUUUGUCAUAAUAGAUGGAUUAUUCGUUACCGUUGCAUCUGUUGGUGAUUCACGCUGUGUAUUAGAAGCUGAAGGCUCAAUUUACCAUUUAUCUGCUGAUCAUCGAUUCGAUGCCAGUAAAGAGGAAGUUGAUCGUGUUAUAGAAGCUGGUGGUGAUGUUGGAAAGCUAAAUGUUGUUGGUGGUGCUGAGAUUGGCCCCCUUAGAUGUUGGCCUGGGGGUUUGUGCCUAUCAAGGUCAAUCGGAGAUCAGGAUGUGGGUCAAUUUAUCGUUCCUGUUCCUCUUGUGAAGCAAGUAAAGCUAUCUACUGCUGGAGGCCGACUUAUUAUUGCAAGCGAUGGUGUUUGGGAUGCCUUGACUGCAGAAGUGGCUUUGAACUGUUCACGAGGACUUCCUCCUGAGGCUGCAGCUGAGAAAAUUGUUAAAGAAGCAGUACAUUCAAAGGGACUGAGGGACGAUACCACUUGUAUUGUCGUGGACUUAGUACCAGAGAAAGGCAACCUAGCUAUGGCACCUCCCAAAAGGCAACCAGGAAUGGGUGUUUUCAAAAAUAUGUUUCGCAAGAAAACAUGUUCUGAUUCAUCAUCUCAUUCAGAUAGAGAAUAUAUGGACCCAGACAUUGUGGAAGAAAUAUUUGAGGAUGAAUGCGCAUUUCUUUCCAGACGGUUGGAUUCUGAAUACCCAGUUCGGAAUAUGUUCAAACUCUUCAUAUGUGCUAUUUGUCAAGUAGAGUUAAAGCCAAAUCAAGGGAUAUCCGUACACGAAGAUUCAUCCCAACCUGGGAACUUGCGUCGUUGGGACGGUCCAUUCCUUUGCCAGAGUUGUCAGGAAAAGAAAGAAGCCAUGGAGGGAAAGCGCCGUUCACGAGAUUCGUCAUCGAGAAAUAGCGGGUCAAGUGAAUAGUCACCAAGGUUAGAGUUAUCUUGCUUAAAAAAACGGGCUAAAGAUAUCAGGGAGCUACCGACCUUACAAUGCCUCAACCCCAAGAGACAAUGAUUUUUGCAGCAUUUUGCAUUGUUUUGGCACUUCCUUGAUCACAUGGACUGUCUGGGAGUUUUGAUCUAACAUUGGAAUUUGAACUUACCAUUGAGGAGGUGGUUACUGUUGACUAGCCUACAUGCCAUAUGAAGUGGCAAGCAUGCCCUGUCUUUAAAUGGACAACAAGCUUUUUGCUCGUCAGUUUUCCCGGAUCAUUUGGCUUCGGUGGCACAUACAGGUCGAAAGUUCACCAGUGAAGAAUGACAUGACAUGUUGACAUAUCUUAGCUCAAACUACAAUGUGAAUUUCUGAUCGCAUAGAGCUCUGAUGAACAGAAAAGGGCGUUGUAAUUCUCGAUAGGACUAGGUGAGUUUUUUUUCAGUCGGGCCUUGAAUUAUGGUCGAAAUACUCACCCCUCUUGAAGUCCAGUCUCCCCUAACUCCUUUGUAAUUAGCAUAUACGGAAGUAAAUUCUAAUUACAGCUAUGGCCUGUGAUUCAUCAGCAAGACAUCUUCGUCCUUGCGUGCAAUGUACAGAAUCUUUCAAACAUGACGCAUCUAUUUCUCCAUUGCGUCUUCUGGGCUGUGGCUACUGUUACUAAUUGUCAAUUAAAUUUGUAUCAA